AUGGCUACCUCAGUAAUAUCUGGCCCACAACGUAAAUUAGCACUUGUAAUUGGUAUUAGUAAUUAUGUCUAUGGAAGCAAUUUACCUAAUGCAAUAAAUGAUGCAAAAGCAAUAUCAUCUGCAUUGAAAAGUAUUGGAUUUAUUCUUUAUGAAAAUGGUCCAAAAUUAAAUGCAACAUGCAACGAAAUACGUCAUGCUUUGAUUGAUUUUAUAGGUUCAAUAAAAAAAGGAGAUAUGGUUUUAUUUUACUAUGCUGGACAUGGAAUACAAUGGAAGGAUAAAAACUAUUUAAUUCCAUCCGAUAAUUAUAAAGAAGAGACCAAAGAUAAUAUUGUAGAGAAAGUUAAACUUAGUGGCUCUGACUUACAAAUACAUGCGAUUAAUGCACAAGAGGUUCAUAAUAAUAUAUAUGAUCGACAUCCAUUUGUUACAAUGUUGUUCUUGGAUUGUUGUCGAACAUAUGAUUUACCUGAUCAACAAUCACAACAAAAUGGUAGAGGCGAACCAAUAAAUCAUUCACAAGGUCUUAAACCGAUGUCAGCGAAAGCUGGAUCAUUAAUUGUAUUUGCUUGUGCACCUGGAACUGUAGCAGAUGAUGGAAAAGCAGGAGAAACAAAUGGUUUAUUUACAAAACAUCUUCUCGAACACAUUAAAACUCCUAAUAAAGAUGUUCAAAAAAUAUUAGCUAAUGUUACUAAAGGAGUUAUACAAGAAUCAAAAUCAAAACAACUUCCACAUGUUACUUCGAUUUUAACAGAAACAGAUAUUUUUUUAUACGAUCACAUUUCAGAUUCUGAUCAAUCAGCUCAUCCUGCAACCACUGCAUCGGCUGUGCCGAAAAAUGCAACGACGUCAAAUCAACCAAGCUUAAAACUCCAACCUCAACCAAUAGCAGGUAUGUCUGGUUAA